GGCACAGAGCGGGCGCACACAGCGGGCACACAUCACCCGGCACAGAGCGGAGAUGGCACCGCUCAGGGUCACCAUCAUCGGCUCCGGGAACUGGGGAUCCGCCAUCUCCAUCAUCAUCGGGAAGAACACCGAAAGAUCCAACCGCUUCCACCCGGCGGUGAGCAUGUGGGUGUUCCAGGAGACUGUCGGAGGACGCAGGUUGUCAGACAUCAUCAAUCAGGACUACGAAAACGUCAAGUACCUCCCCGGCCACCGACUGCCCCGCAACGUGGUGGCGGUGCCGGAGUUGGUGGGCGCGGUCUCCGGGGCAGAUAUUUUGGUGUUCGUGGUGCCCCAUCAGUUCAUUGGCACAGUCUGCGACCAGCUGGCCGGACACCUGAAAUGUGGAGCUUUCGGCAUCUCUCUGAUUAAGGGAGUGGAUCAGGGUCCCGGCGGACUGAAGCUGAUCUCAGAUGUGAUCCGGGAGAAGCUCGGGAUACAGAUCAGCGUUCUGAUGGGGGCAAAUAUCGCCAGCGAGGUGGCCGAAGGGAAGUUCUGCGAGAGCACCAUCGGGUGUAAGAAUCCUCAACAUGGACAGAUCUUUAAGGAACUGAUGCAGACACCAAACUUCCGUAUCACGGUGGUGGAGGACUGCGACACUGUGGAGGUCUGCGGAGCGCUGAAGAAUAUAGUCGCGGUGGGCGCCGGGUUCUGUGACGGUUUGGACUUCGGUGAUAACACGAAGGCCGCGGUGAUCCGGCUCGGUCUGAUGGAAAUGGUGGCGUUUGCUCGUCUCUUCUGCACCGGCGCCGCGUCCACCAGCACCUUCCUGGAGAGCUGCGGCAUCGCCGACCUCAUCACCACCUGUUACGGAGGCCGCAACCGCAGAGUGGCCGAAGCCUUCGCCAGGUCUGGUAAAUCCAUCGCGGAGCUGGAGAGAGACAUGCUGGACGGACAGAAGCUCCAGGGCCCGCCGGCCUCCGCCGAGGUCUACAAGAUCCUCAGACAGAAGGACGCCAUAGAAAAGUUUCCCCUGUUCGUGGCAGUUUUCCGCAUCUGCUAUGAAGGGCGUCCCGUCCAGGAAUUCAUCUCCUGUCUGCAGAACCAUCCGGAGCAUUACUAG